GACGCCAAGAUGCCAUGGCAAAAGAUUUGUUGCACCCGCCUCCUGAGGAGGAGAAGAGGAAGCACAAGAAGAAGCCCUUGGUGCAGAGCCCAAGUUCCUGUUUCAUGGAUGUCAAGUGCCCUGGCUGCUACAAGAUCACCACUGUUUUCAGUCACGCCCAGACUGUAGUGUUGUGUGUGGGAUGUCCUACUCUUCUCUGUCAGCCUACAGGAGGAACAGCAAGGCUAACAGAAGGCUGUUCUUUCUGGAGAAAGCAACACUGAAGUGAAAAUUGCCGUUUGAGGAGGAGGAUGGGCAGGCUGGGCCACUUCCAGAGCUGGGUGUUGGGAUCCAGAGCGACACUGCUUUACU